AUGUCCCCGCGGUACACCGUGCCAAACCCGCCCCUCCCCACCACGUGGCCGGGGGAGAACCCCGCUGUUGCCUCACGAAUCACCUCAAUGUUCAUUGUCAGCCCCCCUCCCAGUGCCAACCUCGCACUCGCUAUCACUGCUCCUGCCCCCUCCCCUGCUCCACCUGCUCCUGCUGCUGCUCCUCCUCCUCCUUCUCCUACUGCUCCUGCUGCUCCUGCACCGGCUGUUGGGAGUCCAGGCGCCUCUGUUGCGGAUGGGGAGGGGGCGGAAGGGGGGGCCGGGACUCCAGGGGAAGGGGAGGAUGGGGGGGAUUCGGACGGGGGUGUCGGGCUAGUUGGAGGAGCGGGGGAGGAGGAUGGUGCAGGGGAGGGGGAGGAGGGUGGUGCUGGGGAGGGGGACGAGGGUGGUGCUGGGGGGAAGGAUGGGCCAGGGGAGGGGGAAGAGGGUGGGGAGGAGGAAGGAGGGGCAGGGGAGGGGGCGGAUGGUGGGGAGGGGGUGGAGGAGGGAGCUGGUGUUGGCGUCGGGCCUGAUCCAACGGCUGUUGUAGGACUUGAUCCAACGGCUGCGGCGCACUUCACACCGAACCAGCCAGUGGCGCACGGGUCCGUUCCGGACUUCCAGUCGCUCAGCUUCGCCUGA